AUGGAUCAAAUGUUUGCACCAGAAUAUUUUGAAACGAUUUUUAGAUUUCUUCCAACUAAUAAAGAUUUACACUCUUGUCUUUUGGUUAACAAGUAUUGGGCUACCUGUGCAGUUCCAAUUUUAUGGGAGGCUCCCUUUAAAAUCAAUGACAAUUUUACUCCAUCUCCUAAAGUGAUCCAAACCUAUCUUGCAUUCAUACCAGAUGAGACUUUUCUUAAAUUAGGUUAUGAUGAAAGGAUUGGGCUGUCGAUUACUAAACCUCCUUUUUUUGACUAUCCUUCGUUUCUUAAAGAACUCCCAUAUGAUCGAUUUCUUAAUUCGGCUAUAGCAAACGAUUGUUGUAAAAAUGUUAUAAUUGAAUUACUUAAAAUAUUUGCAAUGAAUAUGAUGAGAUUACGCCGAUUUAAUAUCUAUGACUAUCUGUUUAAUCAACAUUUUAAAUCUCAAGAUCAGAUAGCUUCCUCAGUUCUUCCUUAUUUUUCUGAAUGUACUCUUAUAUUUAGUAAUUUGACUUAUCUUGAUUGCAGUUAUCAAUGGCCAAUGAAAAAGGACCAACUUUUUAAUGCAAUAACACAAGACUGUCAUAGUAUUGAAACCCUUAAGGUUAGCGUUUGGCAUGAAGAUGAAGGAAAAGUGUUGGCGGAUCUUAUCCGUUCUCAAAAGCAUUUAAAAAAGUUCUCUCUGAUUAACAGCAAUAACUUUGCUUCGCCUCCUGUUCAAGCCCUUAUGAAACAAAAACAUUCACUUAACAGCGUGACAUUUAAAGAUAUACAUAGCAACCAUGAAUUAAGUGAGGCUGAAUUUUUCAAUUAUACAAUAUGUGAAUUAAAUAGUGAUGCCAUAGAUGUACUUGCUCAGUGCACAAAUAUCAACAAAAUCAAGUUUAAACACUGCGAAGGUCUCAACUCCCCUUUAUUUCUUCCUAUUACUUCGACCUUUUCAAACCUAACAUCCCUAGAAUAUUCUUAUGGUACUUAUAACAUUCAUGAUGUUACAACUCCUAUUAAAUUAUUAUCUGGUCUCAUCAGAAAGAGUUGCAAUACGCUUAAAAGAGUUACACUUGAUUGGCAUUCUCGUAAUUACCUUGAUAUUACACAACUUAUUAAAGCCAUUACACAACCUAUGAUAAGACUCAAAUAUUUGAAGAUUCCACUUUAUACAUUAGAACAACUUGCUUUAAUUCAUCAAACCCAUAAUCAUUUAAAGAAACUUGAAGUUCAUGUGAAUAACAGAAUAAACCCAUUCUGUGCUCUUUCAAUUUUUGCAAAUGUUCCAUUUAAAAGUCCUGAACAGUCGAUUAAGUUAUACUUUGAUUAUAAUCAAAAUUCCAGCCUAAAAGCAAAUAGAUUGAAUCAUGUUUUUGAAUCUAUUUUUUACAAAAGUAAUCGUAUUUCUGAUUUUAUUUUAUACGGAAUCUAA